CGGGGCGCCCUCUCGGCGGCCCGCCUUUUCUUUCCGUAGCCUCCUCCGCCCUUAUCGUGCCGUGCAGCUUUCCCGCGGGCCGCUCCACGCCCCGGGCCCCCCAGGGCACCGUUUCCUCCUCCAGCUCCUCCUCCUCCUCCUCCUCCCCAAUUUCUCCAGCUCCUGCCCCGGCUCCGGCUCCUCUUUGCACCGAGGCCGGAUAACGGUCAAUGAGGGUUAAGUGACUUGCCCAGGGUCACACAGCUAAGAAAGACUGCAAAAUGUCAGCAGUUGAGAUUCAAGUCAUAACCCCACUGUCACAAACAAACAGCAAUGGCCCAGCGGAGGGUACCUCAGAAACUCUUGAAGGAGCAAAGAGACAACCCGAUGCCGUGUUGAGUUUUCAUAACAUCUGCUAUCAGGUUCGAGUGAAGACUGGCUUCAUAGGUUGUCGGAAGGUCAUUAAGAAGGAAAUACUCAAGAAUUUAAAUGGGAUCAUGAAGCCGGGCCUCAAUGCCAUUUUAGGACCCACAGGUGGUGGCAAAUCUUCAUUGUUAGAUGUCUUAGCUGCUAGGAAAGACCCCCGUGGACUAUCUGGACAUGUUUUAAUAAAUGGGGCUCCUCAGCCUCCUGACUUCAAAUGUAAUUCAGGCUAUGUUGUGCAGGAUGAUGUUGUGAUGGGCACUCUCACAGUAAGAGAAAAUUUACAGUUCUCAGCAGCACUUCGACUUCCAACCAGCAUGAAGAACCGUGAAAAGAAUGAACGAAUUAACAGGAUUAUCAAGGAGCUAGGUUUGGAGAAAGUCGCAGAUUCCAAGGUGGGAACUCCGUUUUCUCGUGGUGUGUCUGGAGGAGAGAGAAAAAGAACCAGUAUUGGAAUGGAGCUCAUUUCUGAUCCAUCCAUCUUGUUUUUGGACGAGCCCACAACUGGCUUGGACUCUAGCACAGCGAAUGCUGUUCUUUUACUACUGAAGAGGAUGUCUAAGCAGGGAAAAACAAUCAUCUUCUCUAUCCAUCAGCCUCGAUAUUCCAUCUUCAAGUUGUUUGACAGUCUGACUUUGCUGGCUUCUGGAAGAAUGAUUUACCAUGGCCCUGGUCAGGAAGCCUUGGAGUACUUUGCUUCUGCUGGCCAUCACUGUGAGGCCUAUAAUAAUCCAGCAGAUUUCUUCCUGGAUGUCAUUAAUGGAGACUCCUCUGCUGUGCUGUUAAACAGAGAGGAAGGAACUGGUGAAGCUAAGAAGAGUUCAGAAUCUCCUCCGCAUGAUAAUAAGCCCAUCAUAGAUGUUUUAGCAGAGAAUUAUAUUAAUUCGACCUACUUCAAGGAAACUAAGGCAGAACUAGAUACACUCUCUGUGGGACUUCAGAAGAUGAAGGCUACUCCUUUCAGUGAAAUAACUUAUAUUACUUCCUUCUGUCAUCAACUCAAAUGGGUGUGCAAGCGGUCAUUCAAAAAUUUGCUGCGUAGCCCUCAGGCCUCUAUAGCUCAGGUAAUCAUCACAGCUUUCCUCGGAUUGGUUGUAGGUGCCAUUUUCUUUGGACUAAAAAAUGAUCCCACUGGAAUUCAGAACAGAGCUGGGGUGCUCUUUUUCCUCACCAAUAACCAGUGUUUCAGCAGCGUGUCAGCAGUCGAGCUUUUGGUUGUGGAAAAGAAGUUGUUCAUACAUGAGUAUGUUGGUGGAUACUAUCGAGUUUCUUCAUAUUUUUUUGCAAAGGUGUUAUCUGAUUUGCUACCCAUGAGGAUGUUACCAAGCAUCAUAUUCACUUGUAUAACUUAUUUUAUGUUAGGACUGAAACAGGAGGUGGGGGCCUUCUUCAUCAUGAUGUUCACUCUGAUGAUGGUGGCCUACACUGCGAGUUCUAUGGCCCUGGCUAUUGCCGCAGGUCAGAGUGUGAUUUCGGUGGCUAAUCUUCUCAUGACCAUCUCAUUUGUUUUCAUGAUGAUAUUUUCAGGGUUGUUAGUAAAUCUCCGAACCAUUGUGCCCUGGCUUUCAUGGCUUCAGUAUCUCAGCAUUCCUCGAUAUGGUUAUACAGCCCUGCAGCAUAAUGAAUUUAUGGGCCUAAACUUUUGUCCCAAUAUCAACACAACAGCUCCAAACAGUUCCUGUGAAUAUGCAGUGUGCUCUGGAGAAGACUUUUUGAGAAACCAAGGUAUUGACCUGUCUGAUUGGGGCUUGUGGAAGAACCACGUUGCCUUAGCCUGCAUGACCAUCAUCUUCCUUACCAUUGCCUACCUGAAAUUGUUGUUCCUGAAGAAGUUUUCAUAAAACACUUGUGAUCCAGUCUCACGAAACAUUUUUGAUUAUUGUAAAAUAUUCAUGGUUUGAGCUCUUGCUGCAGAAGAAUUACUUCCAGUUAAAUUGAAUUGACUUUUACUGUGAUUAACUAAGUCUCCGCAAUUUCACUAUGAAGCUGUUAUAAAUAUUAUGUUUCCAAAAUACUAAUAUCCCAAAGAAGCAGCAACAUAAGCUAAUGGUUUUGUGUAUAUUUAUCACUUUAUAUACUCAUAAGAUCAAAGAAAAGACACUAGUUAUUACUCAUUGGUCUGGCACUGUUCAGUAAAUGAUGAUAAGUAUUUACACUACUGUAAUAUGAACUCUGAAAUGUCUAGGGGACAUUAGGUUUUAUAUUUUUGGACUUGUCAUGACAAUGGACCAAAAUUUUUGUCCUUUAAUAAACUUAUUAAAAUAAA